AUGGAGGAUAGAGGGAAGCUCCGGUGGAUGAGCUCGACGAAGCUGCGUCACGGGGUUGCCUGGGGGUCAUGUGACCCUGGCUACGCCGCGCGAUCGAAGUGCGGCCCAACUACAGUUUUGGGCAUUUGCCUCGGUGGGGGAAAUGGAGGAUACAAGAUUGAUAGUCUCUAUUUCUAUUUCUAUUUCUACUCUCUUCCUUCCCUUGGACUUCACAUAAACACUCGGCUCGUCUGGAAAUCUCUAUACGACGGUCUGUUUCUUAUUGUUAUUGUUAUUAUCUUCCCUGAGACCUGGAACCUGGAAACUGGAACCAUGUCCUCUUCCAUCUUACAUCAAUGCCCGUCCUGUGGGCAUGCGUCUGAUAUCUCCCUUUCCCUCGCUGCUUUCAUCGAGAACCCCAACUGUAACCAGUGUGGCCUGUCUGCAUCGGAGAGCAAUGGCAAGCUGCAGGAUGAGCUGGUUGCUUUGUUCGACCGACAGAUGACCGUGGCACAGUUGCCUCUCUCCCAGAAUGAACCGAUCACCUAUAUCUCCCAACACUAUCACCAUUCUUCCCACGUAGUCCCUCCCCCGAUUUCGCAGCCUUCGAUCUUUCCGACAACCCAGAGCGUCCAUGAUGUCUUGAGGCAGCACGGACUUGACCCCGACACCUUCUCGGCCAGUCAGCUGGCACUCUUCCAGCAUGCGGACGUGGACCAACAACAGCGUUUGAUCCAAACGUGGCAAGUCUACUCGAGGUCGGAACGGGCCACGGUUAUACCAAUUUGCCAAAAUAUACAAUCUUUUCCCGCAAAGCCCGCUGAGGACCUCGAGAUGAACGACCAGAUAGAUAGUAUCAGAGAUGACCACGCUGGCCUUGCAGAGCCCUAUAUGGUAUCAGGCUAUGAGGCUGCUCCGCCUAAGGAACCAUCCACCGGAGCGCCAUAUACUUCGUCUACAGAUCCCGUCUACAGAAGCCAGCAGCAACAGUGGUGGGAGCUGACCCAAGUGGGACCGAUGGAGUCGCAAUACGGAGCAUAUGAGGAGAUGAACCGGUAUCAUGCGGCUUGUGGGGUGGUUCAACCAAGCUGGUGCCAGAACUGA